CAAUAAUAACAGUAAGAAAAGCUUCUUCACAAGAUGUUACCUCUAUCAAAAGUUCAAAACUGAUUUGGUACCGAUUAAACAUUUAAUAAAUGAUCUAAAUACAAAUAAAAAAUAUUAAUAACCAGAAAAUAAAAUACAAUAUUUAUAUUUUAUAUUAAUAAUAUGCUAUUUGAUCGACAAUUCGACAUAAUUACUUUUUAAUUAAUAUUUUGAUAUUUUCCGUUGGUGGUGGUGGAAGUGAAAUUUUGUUUUGGAUUCUUGUCCUCCUCUUUUGUGGCUUUUGGAGAUAGGAUCAGUCGUACUUCUUAUUCAUUCUGAUUUUCUGAUCAACAUCCAAUUUCAAUGGCGGCUAACUGUUCCUCUCUUACACCCUCGCCAAUGGCUCUUUCCGGUGGCUCCGCCACCUCCUCCGCCACUCCUCGUCUCCUUUCACUUUCUCCAACUACCACCGCCAGACCUUCGUCCCUCUCAUUCCAUUUCCUCUCUUCAUCCUCUUCUGUCGCUGCAUCUCUCAAAUGCCUCAAAUUAUCUCAUCAGAAACGAACAAAGCUUUAUUCGUCCGGUGGUGAUUUCGGCGCAGUGGUUACCACGAAAUGCUUUGCAUCUAACCCUGAUCAGCUCAAGUCUGCUAGAGAAGACAUUAAAGAACUCCUCAAGACUACCUACUGUCAUCCUAUUAUGGUUCGCCUAGGGUGGCAUGAUGCUGGAACUUACAAUAAGAAUAUUGAAGAAUGGCCUCAAAGAGGUGGAGCUAAUGGAAGUUUAAGGUUUGAAGUUGAACAGAAACACGCAGCCAAUGCUGGGCUUGUAAAUGCUCUCAAGCUUCUCCAGCCUAUCAAAGACAAGUAUGCAACCAUAACUUAUGCAGACUUGUUCCAAUUAGCAAGUGCUACAGCUAUUGAGGAGGCUGGAGGUCCCAAGAUUCCUAUGAAGUAUGGACGUGUUGAUGUUUCUACACCUGAUCAGUGUCCAGAAGAAGGGAGACUCCCAGAUGCGGGCCCACCUUCACCUGCUUCUCACUUGCGUGAUGUUUUCUACAGAAUGGGAUUGAAUGAUAAGGAAAUAGUUGCAUUAUCCGGGGCCCACACUUUGGGGAGAUCCAGACCUGAACGCAGUGGCUGGGGAAAGCCAGAGACUAAAUAUACGAAAGAAGGGCCUGGAGCCCCAGGGGGACAAUCUUGGACUGAAAAGUGGCUAAAGUUUGAUAAUUCCUACUUCAAGGACAUUAAAGAAAGAAGAGAUGAAGAUCUACUAGUUUUGCCUACGGAUGCUGCCCUUUUUGAUGAUCCAUCAUUCAAGGUAUUUGCUGAGAAAUAUGCAGAAGAUGAAAAAGCAUUUUUUGAUGACUAUGCUGAAGCACAUGCUAAACUCAGCAACCUUGGAGCUAAGUUUGAUCCUACCGAGGGGUUUUCAAUUAAUGAUGAACCUGCAGCAGCAGCAGUACCUGAGAAAUUUGUAGCAGCCAAGUACUCAUCUGGAAAGAGAGAGCUUUCAGAUAACAUGAAGCAGAAGAUUCGUGCAGAAUAUGAAGCUGUUGGAGGAAGCCCUGAUAAGCCUCUUCAGUCUAACUAUUUUCUCAAUAUUAUCAUUGUCAUUGCUGUUUUGGCACUUUUGACAUCUCUACUUGGGAACUGA